UAGAGCUAUAAUUUAAACUCUAGAAGUCAUCUACCAUGGACAGGUGUGAGGAGAAGGCUCAGAACAUGAAGUUGUCCCAUCUGACUCUUCGUGUGUGCCCCUGUAGACCAUACUGUCCAUGGGGUUUUCUUGGCGAAGAUUACUGGAGUGAUUUGCCAUUUCCUUCUCCAGUGGAUUAAGGUCUGGUGUGUCCUGCUACCCAGGAUGAGAGGGAUUCUUUUUCGGCCUGCAGAGAUGAGCCUCAUGGACAUCAGUAAGAUAUUCUCCUUGCUGCAGCAGCCCAAUGAGGAAGACGAUGCUAGUGAGAAACAGGAGCUGAAUCAAAUUGUCUGUAACAAUGAUGCCAAGACCCUAGACCAGCUCCUUCACCAGGAACGCUAUAAGCGCUUUAUCAACAGCCGCAGUGGCUGGGGCAUACCAGGUACCCCACUACGCCUAGCUGCCUCUCAUGGCCACCUUAGCUGCCUGGAAGUUCUCCUAGCUCAUGGGGCAGAAGUGGACAGCCUGGAUGUUAAGGCCCAGACACCCCUGUUCACUGCGGUUAGUCAUGGGCACUUGGACUGUGUUCGGGUCCUGCUGAAGGCUGGUGCCAGCCCUGGGGGCAGCAUCUAUAACAACAGCUCCCCAGUUCUCACAGCUGCUAGAGAUGGUGCCAGUGGAAUUCUGAGGGAGCUCCUGGGUCAUGGAGCUGAGGCCAAUGUCAAAGCUAAGUUACCAGAGUGGGCUUCCAACAUGGCCUCCUGCUCCGGGCCUCUCUACCUGUCAGCUGUCUAUGGCCAUUUUGAAUGCUUCCGCCUCCUCCUGUUGUAUGGAGCUGACCCAGACUACAACUGUACAGAUAGACAGCUGCUUUCACGUGUACCCAAGCUACGCACACUGCUAGAAUUCUGCCUGCAGCACAGUUGCUCCCUCGAGUACAUCCAACUGCUUGUGGACUUUGGGGCCAAUGUCUAUCUCCCACCUCUCCCACUGGAGAAGACAGACCCGGAUGGGGAAGGUGUGGCCCUACUGCUAAGGGAAAGAACUCAUCCCAAAUCCCUGAUGUCGCAGGCUCGUCUGGCAGUCCGAAAAGCUCUCCAGUGCUCUUACCUGGCCAACUUCAUCGAUCAACUAGAUAUUCCACCUGUGUUGAUUAAUUACCUCAAGUACCAGUCUUAAGGCAAAUGGGCUGUGGCUGAAAACAAGAGCCCCGAACACACAUACCCACAGCCUAUCCACCCAGAAAAGAAACUCCUGUCAUCUCCCUAGAGCUGAUCUUUACUUUUCCUGUUCCAAUAAAGGUUCUGAAAGAUGGA